GGCGGUCACGUGCCGCUGUUUGGCGCUUUUGUGCGCGCCCCGGUCUGUUGGUGCUCGGAGUGUGGCCGGGCGGCUCGGACCGAGCAGGAUAUUCUCCACCGUGUGGAUUGUCUAGAGUACACUGCCAGUCUCUUGUCUUCUAUUCACCAUGGCUUCUUCUGAUAUCCAGGUGAAAGAACUAGAGAAGCGUGCCUCAGGGCAGGCAUUUGAGCUGAUACUUAGUCCUCGUUCAAAAGAAGCAGUCCCAGAAUUCCCCCUUUCCCCUCCGAAGAAGAAAGAUCUUUCCCUGGAAGAAAUUCAGAAGAAACUAGAAGCUGCAGAAGAAAGACGCAAGUCCCAUGAAGCUGAAGUCUUGAAGCAGCUUGCUGAGAAGCGGGAACAUGAGAAGGAAGUGCUUCAGAAAGCAAUUGAAGAAAACAACAACUUCAGUAAAAUGGCGGAAGAAAAACUGACCCACAAAAUGGAAGCUAACAAAGAGAACCGAGAGGCACAAAUGGCUGCUAAGCUGGAACGCUUGCGGGAGAAGGAUAAGCACAUGGAGGAGGUGCGGAAGAACAGAGAGUCCAAAGACCCUACCGACGAGAACGAAGCUGACUAGCUGGCCAAGAGCUGGCUUCUCCCCCUCCCGAGCAUCCAAAGACUGAACUGGCCAGUGUCGCUUUUAUUUUAUUCCUCCUGACAAAUAUUCUAGAAACUGAUGUAGAACUGCAUAGGUAGAUCCAAACUGUACAGAUGUUGUUUUGGGGGCAAAGGGGGAGAAACUACAAGUGUUUUGCUCUUUUUCUAAAGUGUUGAAGUCUUUCUAACGUAGCUAUUUUUCUUGUUGCAUCUUUUCUAUUCCGGUAUGCUCGGUGCUGGGUUAAUGGCUAGUACUGUAUUGGCUCUGUGAAAACGUUUGUGAAAGGAAUCUGUAGUAUGCUUCUUUCCAACUGUUAGAUGCUGAAUAUAUCUGUCUGUUCACUUUUGAAACCUGACCUUUGUCCCGGUCUUUCCAGAUACUACUGUACUUGAAUGGUUAAUAAAACUGCACAGUGCUGUUA